AUGGCAGAAAGGGCAAUAAUUAGUUCCUUGGGUGCUGAUGAAGACUUAAGGGUACUAGUGACUGGAAAAACAGGUCAAGGGAAAUCCACUCUUAUCAAUGGUCUACUGGGGGCUAAAGUAGCAAAAGAAGGAGCUGGUGCUGACAGAUGUACUACUGAAGUUGAAGUGUUCAAGAAGAAGAUCAAUGGUGUACCAGUUGUGGUUUUUGAUUCUCCUGGUCUGCAGGAUAACACGUCAAAUGAAGAGGAAUAUAUUACAAAAAUGAGAGAAACUUGCCAAAAGCUAAGUUUGGGUCUCUAUUGCACUAAGAUGAUUAACACACGGUUAACAGAUGAUGACAAGAAAGCAAUGAAAAAGCUAACCGAAGCAUUUG